CUUAUUCGUUUUGGUAGGCAAUUCAACCUCUAUAGAUUACGAUUUGCCCUUUCUGGCUUCAUUCACUUAUGCUUCUCAUAGCUAAAAAUUUCUAAAUCUAAAUCUAAAUGAAGCUAGGCAUUUAGAUUUCUUUAACGAUAAGAAAUAGGAUAAUUGAUUAUUUGUUAGUGAAUUUACUUAAACCUAAUUGUAGUGAGCCGUUUCCAAAUUUGUAAUAAUUCUCGUGUCAUGUACGAUGGACUUGUAAUUUUGUGAUGCGCGCACAUUGUUUCUUUAAAAAUGUUUACUUUGUUCUAUGAAUCGAAACACACGCACACACACACUCAUAUAACGAUAUCCAAAGAGAACAGCUGAUAACAAUAUCAUUCCGUUGCAACCUACACUACGUUGAAAGCGUUCAAUAUUUGAUUGGGAAAAUCCCACCCAGAUUUGUGAUUAGCCCGCCCGCCCGGACAGACCAUAAUGCACUUAAUAAACAGGUGCUCUGGGUGUAUAAAACAACCGCUUUCCUGGAAAAAAAGGGUUUAAAUGUUCACCCAUCUCAGCACUAUGUCGCUUGUAGGUCAGCCAAAAUGUAAACAUCAGGCAGGUGUAGUUGUGUGCAGCGCACUAGUAGUAGCAACACAGCAGCGUGUUUGAUAUAAAACACGGCAACAAACUCGCAAGACUUGUCUACUUCUCGCCAGACAUUAUUGCUAAUGCUAAAUGGCACAAAGUAGCUAGAUAAUUUUUCUUCUUUAAACUGAUUUGUGCAAAUUUUAAGCGAUGUUACUACAUUUUUAUGUUUAGAGUUCAUCAUCUAGAGUCAGCCCCCUAUUGCUGCUAGAUGUGUAUGCGUGUAUCCUCCACGUGCCUCGCGAGUGUGCGUAGUUGGAGACGCGCUUGAUUUCGUUCUAUCAAGUCAUCGUCGAUCUCACCAACACACCGGACGGUUCUAACGCAUGCUGUAGAAUUAUUUCUGUUUAGCUCCUACGACAGCGGAGUGCGCCGACGUCGUAUUUGCGUCGUCAGCGCGGUGCAAACAGCAAGCAGCAGCAGCGGUAGAGACAUAAAAUCGAUGCAAGUGAAUCCAACCAAACCUUCGGUUGUUUCUCGUAGAUUGUGUCGGUGUUGGCUGUGUGUUUAAUCCUUCGCUGGCGUGUCGUAGGUAGAUUGUGAAACAGAAGCAAAAAAAAAACCCUGAGUAAAUCCGUCGUGCCAGAACGUGUGCCAUCAGCAAAAUUUCUACAUACCGUUGUUGGUUGUGCGAACCGCCGAUGCUCAUGCAGCGCAUUUGUGGGCGAGUGUAAUCUGUAAACCCUGCGAGAAGUAAUCGGGAGUAAAGGGUCCUUGAUUAUCAACUGCUGUGGCGGCUGCUCGCUGCGCACCGGGAAUUGUUUAUGCUGAUAUAAUCCGGGUUUUGCAACGAUUGUGUGUGAUGUGAAAAAUAGUUAUGGGUGGCAUACAGUAACGCAAAUGCCUGCAACUGACUUGACGGUGACAAAGGGAAAUAUUACAUAAUAAACGCGUUGUUACUAUGGUUAUUCUGUGCGAAUGGUUAAACCACAGCUUGUGAACAGCUAUUCGGUUCCUUAAAUCAAUCGACGCAGUUGUUCUAGCCGGUUAAAAGCUUCUAAAGGCACAAAAGCAACAAAAUUCUAGUGUAAAAAACCGAACCCGACAACGUUCCUGAAGAAUGUGUUCACAACAGGUUGCAUCGAACAUUGAAACCAUGGCGAAGGAACCACAACCGACUGAUUUUGACCAACGGUUCAACGAGUGGCGCAAGAAGAAACAUCUAGUCGAUUGCUCCUUCCGAGUAGGCGAAGACGUUUACCAUGGCCACAAGCUCAUCCUGUCGGCGGCCAGCCCAGUUUUCGAGGCGAUGUUUUACGGAGCGCUUGCCGAAAAGCAGACGGUCAAAAUAGCAGAUAUCAAGUCGCUGGUGUUUGAGCGUAUGCUUGACUAUAUCUACGUCGGAACGAUCGAUUUCGAGAGUGUACAAAAUAUCGAAGAGCUGCUCGAGCUGUACUACUGUGCGGAAAAGUAUAUGAUCGAUAGUUUGCACGAGAAGUGCGUGAGCUAUUUUGGCAAGAACAUCAAGCCGAACAACGUGCUGAAAAUACUCGACAUAGCGUAUCGGAUGAACUUGGACGAUAUUAUAUACUCGUGCAUGUGCGUGUUGAAACACUUCUUUUCGUCCGGGAUGAGCUUGAGCAACAUCAUACUGGAGCGAAACCAUCACCUGUCGAAAAACUGUGUCGAUCUCAUACUGGAGGAUAACUUCGAGGUGAAGGACAACAUCAUCUGCAUGAUACGGGCCUGGUGCAUUACCGAAUGCGAACAGAAUCGGCUCGAAAUCAACAGGGACAGCAUGAAAACCGUGCUGCAGGAUAUUGAGCUACCGGACACACUGAAGGACACGAUCGUCGGAUGUAGCUUUACCAAUUUUACGCCCAUCGCGGGCGACAAAUCGGGAUGGAUACCGGUCCAGCGCAUUCAUUACAAAGCUGUCCGGCCGCUGAUCAUUGGCGAUGAGAUGGACUUUGAAGCGAACAUUACCACCAACCGAUUUAUAGUGAUCAAAUCGAUAAACAUUAACAGCCGGCUUCUGCCGCAGCUUAAGGUAACCGAUGUGCGGCAAGAAACGUACACCGAAAAGCUGACGGUUGAAAUUUCCGCCAAACACAGCAAUGAUCGACAGAAGAUCUACCAGAAGGAGCACCUUAUCUGUGAUGUAGCGUUCAACGAUUGCCUGCAACUGAGCUUGACCGAACAAAUUGUACUCUUUCCCGAUGUGACGUACAUGGUUCGACUCAAAUGGGACGCCAACAGCCUAGGGUACGAGUACCCGCGCUCCAUCCUUUCCGCGUACGGCAAGUCCAAGCAGUUGCUGGUGAACUUUAACGAAAAUAUUUAUCUGCAAAGCUCGGGCAGUAUACUGAACGGAGUGGUAUGCGCGCUUUACAAGUGAUUUACGAUACGGUUGUUAGGUGCAAGAGCACGGCACCUUUACUGCGCUACAGUACUGAACAACAAUGACAAAAAAUAAAAUCUCCACAUGGAAUGUAUGGAAUGAAUGUGCUUCGUGUCCUCAUCAAGCUAUG